GUAUAGUAUAUAUAUGAUUUCUUUUUUUCGCCUAUGAUAAAAAUUUUUUAAGGCCUCGCGAUUUUCUCGGCCCUGUGUACUGGAAUGUAUUAUUAUUAAAUUUAGAUAUAAAUGUGUAUAUAAAUAAUUGGGGGGCAAAUUUAUAAGUGAUUGGACAAUUAUGGUCCAUACCACUAUCCUCCCCAACAAAUAGGUUUUAUAAGUGAGGGGAAGGCAAAUUUAUAAGUGAUUGUCCACUAUCCACCCCCAACACUGACUAUUUUUUAAAUUACUUUAUGUACAAGUGUAAAUGUGUAUAUGAAUAAUUGGGGGGCAAAUUUAUAAGUGAUCGGACAAUUAUGGUACAUACCACUAUCCUCCCCAACAAAUAGGUUUUAUAAGCGAGGGGGAGGCAAAUUUAUAAGUGAUUGUCCACUAUCCACCCCCAACACUGACUAUUUUUUAAAUUACUUUAUGUGCAAGUGUAAAUGUGUAUAUAAAUAAUUGGGGGGCAAAUUUAUAAGUGAUCGGACAAUUAUGGUACAUACCACUAUCCUCCCCAACAAAUAGGUUUUAUAAGCGAGGGGGAGGCAAAUUUAUAAGUGAUUGUCCACUAUCCACCCCCAACACUGACUAUUUUUUAAAUUAAUUUAUAUGUAAUGUGUAAAUGUGUAUUGUGAUAAUUGGGGGGCAAAUUUAUAAAUGAUCGGACAAUUGCGCUCCGAAUCACUAUCCUCCCCAACAAAUAGAUUUUAUAAGCAAGGGGGAGGCAAAUUUAUAAGUGAUUGUCCACUAUCCACCCCCAACACUGACUAUUUUUUUAUAUUUAGAUAUAAGUAUGUGUAAAUGUGUAUAUGAAUAAUUGGGGGGCAAAUUUAUAAGUGAUUGGACAAUGCGCUCCGAAUCACUAUCCUCCCCAACAAAUAGGUUUUAUAAGUGAGGGGGAGGCAAAUUUAUAAGUGAUUAAGCGCAAACCACUAUCCACCCCCAACACUGACUAUUUUUUAAAUUACAUUAUGCGCAAGUGUAAAUGUGUAUAUGAAUAAUUGGGGGGCAAAUUUAUAAGUGAUUGGACAAUGCGCUCCGAAUCACUAUCCUCCCCAACAAAUAGGUUUUAUAAGCGAGGGGGAGGCAAAUUUAUAAGUGAUUUUGCGCAAACCACUAUCCACCCCCAACACUGACUAUUUUUUAUAUUAACCCAGACGGCCGCGAUGGGAUUUGAACCGACGUCGAAUGUGUAUAUGCGUGUAUAUGUGUUAAUGUGUGUAAAUGGGGGAGGCAAAUUUAUAAAUGAUGGGGUAAUUUCCCCCCAGACCAUUAUCCUCCCCCAUAAAAUAGAACGUAAUUAUGGUCGUAUAUAACAAUCAUAUUUUACGACAUUACAGAAAUACUUCGCUUAACGCUGCCCCGAUUAGCGCUGUUUCGAUAUAACGCUGUGCAAUUACAUUACAUUGAAUACAUUGUUACAUUGUAUAUGAAGAGUAAAAAUGCAUUAUGUAAAUUAUGCAAAAAUAACCCCGCUUUGCGCUGUUGUUUCGCUUUACGCUCAAUAUUUUUGGAACGUAACCCCGCGUUAAGCGGGGUAUUACUGUAUAUUUGUAUUAUAUCACUGUAUAUAUGUAGCAUUACUGGCUGCGCAUGCUCCUGCCUAUUUCUACUUUCCCCUAUUUCGACCGAGAAUGUCGGUGAGAGAGAACGAGCACGUUUUUCAGCCGAAAAUUCCGAGUCAGGAUACUAAUAACCUUUUUACUUUCUUUUCUGUGUAUACACGAACACUAACACACACAACUCGACAACAAAUAAAAAUCCGAUUUUCACAAACGAUCCCACGACAUAUUUAUUAUUAAAUAUUGUUCGUUUUGCAUUCAAUUGAUUCUCACUACAACAAUGGUUCAUCAUUAUUAUCAAUUUGUAGAAACCAUAAAGGUGAUAGUCCAAUUGUAGCAGUAAAAAAGAUGAAUAGCUGUUCGCUAUUUUUAGGCAUUGGUAAUCUUUUGGUUUGGUUUCCAUUAUUACGUUAUUUUGCCUAUUUUCAAUCAUACAAUAUUCUCUUAUUGACAUUGAAGAAAUCUUUUCCAAACGUUUUGCGGUUCUGUCUCUGUGCAUUUUUAGUUUAUGGAGGAUUUUGUUUUUGUGGUUGGGUCGUUUUGGGUCCUCAUCAUCUCAAAUUUCGUACGCUUAGUUCAACAUUGGAAUGUUUGUUUUCACUUAUAAACGGUGAUGAUAUGUUUGCUACAUUUUUUUCCACUGAUGUGAAAAAAGUCUUAUAUGGUGGUUUAGUCGCAUUUAUCUUUAUCUUUUCAUUUCAUUGUUCAUAUAUGUGAUAGUCUCGUUGUUCAUUGCUAUAAUACUCGAUGCAUACGAACGGUUCCUAUUUUUUUUAAUAACAUUAAAACUUUUUUUAAUUUUUA